UUUAUUAAUGAUCGUCAUGAAGAAGACAUUUGCCAUAUGCUUUCUCUUUGCUUUUCUCGCUUCAUGUUUUUAUUGCGCUGGCACUAUAGAUAUGAAUGAAUUGAUGGCUGACGGCCAAGUAGCUAUUAAAAAAUGCUGUGGAGCAGAAGUAAAUGAAGAAGACUUUAAAAAAGAGUAUAAAAAGUGUACUGAGACCGAGUUUAAUCUGAAAUAUACCUUUAAACCAGAGUGCCUGGAAAACCUCACUAAAGUGGAAAAAAUCUUCGAUGAGGAGUGUACACUCACUAAAAAAAACUGCAGAGAGGAGGUAGUUGACUUCGGCAGAAAAAAUGGAGGGCAUCUUCUGCCAUGUAUCGCACCAAAGUAA